GUUAAGAAACGACGACGAUCAAAAAUGUUGAAAGAAGUGCAAUCCCCGGAAGAAUUUCAGGAUAUUCUAUCAAACAACUUGAACAGCCUUUCGGUUCUAAACUUCUGGGCUCCAUGGGCAGAACCUUGUCAACAGAUGAACCAAGUUACGAAGGAAUUGGCUGAGAAGUACACAAACGUUGUCUUCUUACAAAUCGAAGCCGAGUCUUUGCCUGAUAUUAGUGAAACUUUCGAUAUCGAGGCCGUACCUUCGUUUAUUCUCCUUAGAGGACACACUUUAUUAGAAAGAAUAUCAGGCGCUAAUGCAGCAUUACUUGCUCAAUCCGUCAGCAAACACGCUCUCAAUUCCGCUCAGAAAUCCGCUCAAUCAUCGACGAUAUUACCUCCUCAAGCACCAGCCGCAGUUGAAACUGAAGAAGAGCUCAAUAGUAGGUGUCUGAAUAUUAUGAAGCAAUCAGACGUUGUUCUAUUCAUGAAAGGUGACCCUGAUGCACCAAGAUGUGGUUUCAGUAAGCAAACAGUCGCUUUAUUGCGCGAACAAUCAAUUGAAUUCAGUCAUUUUGAUAUUUUACAAGAUGAGAGUGUUAGACAGCACCUUAAGAAGUUGAACGAUUGGCCAACAUUCCCACAAAUUAUCGUCAAAGGUGAACUCAUCGGUGGUUUGGAUAUUCUUCGUGAAAUGAUUGAGCAGGGUGAAUUACAGCAAUUAAUGGAGUGAAUAAAUAUACA